UCUACAAUGUUUGCAACACGAGCCAUUAGCCGGCAGGCCCUGGGCUUCUCAAGGUGGACCCAAGUCCGUGGCGUGUCGACAUUGGAAGGAAGCCCGUACAUAUACGUGUUUCCUAGUAAUGGCCCUAGGAGCGGAAACCACAUUUUGUCAUUACUACCUUCCGAGCCAGUCAACCCAGACCUAUCCAUCGGCGUGUCGAGCAAGCUGCCGCCAACAACGGACUCGUUCACGGAGAACCCCAAAUUCCUCAACAUCUUGCAGGAGGUCUGUUCUGAACAUGCGCAUGAAGACCCGGAUGCACAAUCUCAAGCGCAGGUUAUGGUAUCUACGUCCGGGGCAAACCUUAGUUCUGGCGGUGUCCUCUUGACCGGGCAACGAGGUAGGAGACGACGCGCAGAGAGCGGAGAUUCCAGUGGUGGAGCGAGUGGUCAAGGUGGAGCAGGAUCUGGUGGUCGAGGCGGUUGGAUUCAUAUCUCGGACUCGAGACGGCCUCCUGAGUAUGGGAGGAUUGCAUGGCCGGAGGAUAUUUUUGGUAGCCUCGAGGUUGAUGGGAGUGGUCAGUUUACGGGUGGUGAUGGCAACUAUCAGUCAAGUGGUACUUAUCGGAUUGUGACCCGAGAUGGAAUUUUGGGACUGAGUCCGUUCCUUCGUGAAAAGCUGGUUCAAAAGCUUCGAGGUUUGGAGAAGAACUGA